AAGUGUCAAUCAAAAAUAUAUAUGACAAAAUAUAAUAUCUUAAUAAGGGCAAUGUAUUUAUUUUUAACAAUUGGACAGCUCCUUGUGGCUCCGCUGUCGGCACUUGUGCCCCAAGGUUUCACGGUGCGACAACCCAAAUGCAUAUACCUGGUGGAUCCUGGUCCCUGCAAGGAAUGGGUCAAAGUCUGGGGCUUUGACUACUUGACAAAUCGCUGCAUUUUCUACUAUUAUGGCGGCUGUGGCGGCAAUCCAAAUCGAUUCUACACAAAGGAUGAAUGUCUGCAGACAUGCCGGGUGUACGAUGACCCAAAUCGCAAGAGAAGAAAAGACUCUGACGACAGUGAGGAUAUGUUUGACAGCGACAUCGAUGAUUGGGAUCAUUUCGAGCUGUAAAUA